AUGGCUCGAACCGUGUUGCGUAAGCCAGGGCUAGAAACCCAAUAUCGGACCGCAACAGGUCCUCGAACUAUCCCAUUGACCAACCCAAAUGGUGUUCGCCUUCCGAGAGACAUCUCGAUUGGGCGUGUGAACGUUUUCUCCAGGGACGCAAACUCUGUCAUCUUUCAUCCUAGUUGCCGGUUUUGGGUUGAUGAUGAGGUUGACGAACCGGAUGCCCUGUGGCGGGAAGAUUACGAAGCUAUGCAAUGCUUCAAGACUUCAUAUGCUUAUGACCUGAUCGGUACAGAGCAUCCGAGAAUAGUCCCGCGACUGGAUCAAGAUGCUUGGACGGGUCUUCCCAUACUUAAAAAACCAACAUAUGGGUCACUUUUGAAUUUCUUCGAUGAAUACACGUCCAAACUUUAUACGGUCAAAGCUGAGGCCACAUCACCUAACGAUCGCGUCAGGCCUGAGUUUCUGCCUCUUGUCUACCAGUGGAGCUUGCAGCUGCUAUCAGCCCUUGUGUUGAUACACUCUCAUAAGAUAGCUUAUGGAGUCUUUCUUGAGGAGAGCUGCUGGAUAUCCGCAGAGUCCCUAGACAUAUCACUGGCGGGCUUCAUAUAUUCAGACUUCCGUGAUCCAGAAAAAGGCUGGCAAUUUCGCGGUGAUUUCAACACCGGCGUUGAGUUCUCACCAGAGUCACUCCCACCGUCGCGGAUGGUACGGGAUCCAACACUUGGGACUGAUAUAUUCAUGCUUGGUACCCUGAUAUACCGUAUCAUGACAUCUUAUGAUCCAGGCGAAGGAAUGGGUCACGGCCUAGGUGAAACCGCACGCUUGAUGAGAGACGAAGACUGGCUGCCUGAUCUUGAGGAUGAGUUUAUGGGAAAGAUUCUCCAUAAAUGUUGGCGAUUCGAGUAUGAUGCUGUUGAAGAGUUACAAAGCGGGGUUCAAGCUCUUAUUGAGUCUUAUGGAUGGUCAGUCAAGGGGGACAACCUUGAAAAGUUGGAUAUAAACCAUAUUAAAACACUCCUUCAAGGUAGUAUUACUGAUAGUGAGCAGUGA